GAACUGCCUGCUGACGUAGAAUUGUGUACCAGAUGGAACUUGGGAAUUUUUCACUUAAUCUCAUCAAUGGGACAACCAGGCAAUGUGAUGUGACCUCCAGAAAUGGCUCCUUACUGCCAUGCACUGAGUUAUACUUCAGUACCUCAGAUAUAGUAGACCUGACACUGAUAAUUAUCAUCUUUCUGCUUGGAGUGCUGGGAAAUGGAAUGGUCAUCUGGGUACUAGGAUUUCUAAUGAAGCGUACAGAUUUUACUAUCUAUGUUCUGAACCUAGCAGUGGCUGACUUCUUCAAUUCUGCUGUCUUGUGGGCUUCAGUCCCUGUUAUGUUAAUGCACAACCACUGGCCAUUUGGAAGGGUGUUUUGCAAGAUAGAUCAGUUCUUCUCUAAGCUACCGCUCUAUGCUGGUGUGUUUCUUGUGGUUGCAAUCUGUUUGGAACGCUGUUGCUCUGUGGUCUCUCCACUCUGGUACAAGUGCCGUAGAUCCCAACGUCUUUCUGCAGUCAUUUGCUCCCUCAUGUGGCUUCUAGCUUCUCUUAUAAGUCUGCCAUCUUUGAUCUGGAGUGAAACAUACCAAUUUGAGGAUAAGCAAAUAUGCUUUGUACAGGAUCACAACUACGUAAAGGUGAUCACAGCCAGUGAAUGUGUGGUGGGCUUUUUACUGCCACUAAUCCUCAUCACAUCUUCCAGCAUAAUCAUCAUUAUUAAAGUAACUCAGGAAUCCACAGUCCGUAGCACAAAGCUGUACAAAACAGUUCUUGUCACUGUCCUGGCCUUUCUUAUCUGCUGGACACCUUAUCAGGUGUCCGGCUUAAUGCAUAUGAUCGAAUUAUUGACCAGCAAUAACUACAAAACACUGGCAUCAAUCAUUGCCAACUACAGUAGCACUCUGCUUUACCUCAACAGCUGUAUCAACCCCAUAAUCUAUAUCUUCAUGGGAGGAAACCUAAACAAGAAAUUUAAAGAGUCAUUGAUUAUAAUCUUCCAGCGGGCUUUCAAUGAGACACCAAGUUAUGAUCUGGGAAUAAAAGCAAAGGAAGCAGCAAGUCUGUACAAAAUACAGAAAUUUGUGUCUCCUCUGAGAAAUUAA